AUGGCUACGGAUAUGGGAGGAUGGAGUGAGACAAAGGACGCCACUGAGGAAACUCAGAAGAUUUGUGAUCAGGUGAAGGUCGAAGUGGAGAAACAGACAGGCAACUACAGGGUAUACAAAGCAGUUAAAUACAGAGAUCUGGUUCUGUGUGGAGGAACCCACUACCUUAUCAAGGUUAAUGUUGGAGAGGACUAUGAUCAUCUGAGUGUCAACCAAGCAGCUGGGUUGGGGUACCAAGUACCUCCAUCACUGCGUGGUGUAGAGCAGCACCAAACCAAAGACGCCCCCCUCGUACCUUUCACCAACUGA